UUCCAUUGCUCAAACCUUAUUCUCACUGCAAAUUCAAAAAUGGCCUCCGCCAAUGCCGUAGCCUCCUUUUUCUUUCUGUGUCUUCUCUUCGGAGGCUCUUUAGCCCAACUCUCCGAAACCUUUUACGAUCAAUCCUGCCCUCGCCUCUCCAACAUUGUCCGCGCCUCCGUCAAGAAAGCUAUCGAAACCGACGUCCGUGCUGGAGCUAAACUCAUCCGCCUCCAUUUCCACGAUUGCUUCGUUAAUGGAUGCGAUGGCUCUGUUUUGCUAGAGGAUGCUCCUGGCAUAGUCAGUGAACUCAACUCACCUGGAAAUCAAGGAAUCCAAGGACUUGAGAUUGUCGAUGCCAUUAAAGCCGACGUUGAGCGCGAAUGCCCCGGCAUCGUCUCCUGUGCCGACAUCCUAGCUCAGGCUUCCAAGGACUCUGUCGAUGUGCAAGGAGGGCCUAGUUGGAGAGUGUUAUAUGGAAGGCGAGACAGCAGAAUCGCAAACAAAACAGGGGCGGAUAGUGGGUUGGCCAGUCCCUUCGAAACUCUGGACGAACUCAAAGCCAAAUUUGCUGCUGUUGGCCUUGGUACAACCGACCUUGUCGCCUUAUCAGGGGCGCAUACGUUUGGUCGAUCGAGAUGCAGAUUCUUCAGCCACCGAUUUGCGAAUUUCAACGGAACUACUAGCCCAGACCCAUCACUGGACCCCAACUACAGGCGAUUCCUGGAAGGGGUUUGCUCAGCUGGACCAGACACAAGGGCUAAUUUCGACCCAGUAACACCGGACGUAUUCGACAAAAACUACUACACAAACCUUCAAGUCAGGAAGGGGCUUUUACAGAGCGAUCAAGAGCUGUACUCCACUGCCGGCGCUGACACCAUCGCCAUUGUCAACAGCUUCGCCACCAGAGAAGGCACCUUCUUCAAGGAAUUCCGACAGUCGAUGAUCAACAUGGGAAACAUCAAGCCUUUGACUGGCAACCGUGGGGAAAUCAGAAGAAACUGCAGGAGGGUUAAUUCCAACUCCGGCUUCGGUGGAGAAGGCCACGAUGUUAUGUAAUCUCGAUUUGCCGUGCCUGUUGCUGCAUCUGCGUUCAUUAUAUCCAUAAGUAUAAUUAAGCUUAAUUUAGAAUGUGUGUAAUUAGUUGGGUGUUUGUCCUUUUUACGAAAAAGGUGAAUAAAAAUGAAGGGGUAGGGUGAGCCCUUUGUGGGUUGCCACUCAUCUGUUUUUGAUUUUUCAUAGAUUCGUCUGUCGUCGUUUUCUAUCAAAUUAAGCUUAUGCUGUCGGAUGAAUUCAAUACACAAA